AUGCCAACCAUAGUAAACGGCUACCUCGCCCCCAACCGGCGCUACACCGCCCGCGAGCGCCUCAUCCGCGCCCUCCACCCCCUUCUCCACCCCUCCAUCCUCACCCUCCGCGACGUCGUCUGGGCCGCCUACAUCAUCUACAUAUCGCGCGUCACAUACUUCACCCUGCGCAGCAUCGCGUACAUUCUUUUCGAGGCCGAGGGACGGUGGCGGUCGACGGAGCCGCGGCCGGAGUGGGGACCGCCGCCGGCAGGGUGGACGAUGGGGUGGGGGCUGAUGGGGAGGUUGUUGAGAGGAUUGGUGUGGAGGAGGGUGAUGGUUUGGGGGGAGGAGGUGUUUGCGUGGGGGUGCGUUGUGGUUGUGAGUGUGUUUUGUGUCGAGGAUGGGGGGAGGUGGUGGAGGGAGAGAGGAAGACGGGUUUGA